AUGGCCAAAAAUCAAAAUUAUGUUGCAUAUAAAGAUUUAGUAUCGCUAUAAUUUAAUAAUAAUAUUUUAUUGAAUUUAAAAAUAAAUCUAAUAUUAUAAUAAUGUUUGAGAAAAAUCAGUUAUGAUACAUAAAAUUACAGUAAACCAACUAAUAGUAUUACAUUAAUAUCUAAGUAGUUAAUAGAAAAUGAAAAUUAAAAUUUUUAAACUCAAAUAAAUAUUAUUGAAUUGCUUCAUGAUAAAAUUGAAUGUAUGAGAUUAUUAAUAGAAGAAAACUAUUUAUAAAAAUUUGAUCAUUUAUUAAAAUAUAUUGAAAAACUCAUAAAUCUUUAAAAUAUAUUAGUGAAAUAAUAUGAAACAUUUCCAUGUGAAAGAACAUAAAGUGUAUUAGGUUUUUUUUAUACUGAAUUGUUGAAUGAUUAUUUAGCAACAAAUUAAUUGUUCAGUGUAUUAGCUAUAUCAGAUGAAAAAAUGAAGAAAAUUGCAUUGAAUUAAGAUGUCUUUAAUAAUAAGAUGAUUUAUUUAAUUACUGAAUUUAAUGGGAAAAUGAAGAUAAAAUUUUCAUCAUAUGAUGCUGAUUCAUUUUUAGGUAUUUCAAAUGAAUCACUUACUAAUAAAAUUAUAGAUGAUUUAAUUCCACCAGUAAUUAAUGAAAAUCAUGAUGAAAUGGUUAUAGAUUUCUUAAAAAAUGGAAAAUCAAAAUAUCUUAGAUAAUUAUAAGUUAACUUUUUGUUUUAUAAAUAUUAAUAAUAUAUGAUGGAAAUAGAUUUUGCAAUUGAAACCAAUUUAAUUUAAGAACUUAAUUUCAUUGUAUUUAUUUAACCUACAAUGAGUUAAGUUCUAUCUAUUAUUUUAGAUUUAAAUUUCACUAUUGCUUGUAUGAGUAAAGCCUUAAUAUAAGAAUUAGAUUUGUAAGAAAGUAUUAAAUUUUAUUUGGGAAUGAAAAUUUCAAAAAUAAUCCCUACAUUUCCAAAUAUCAUUUUAGAUAAUCAUUUUAUAGAAAAUGCUGAAGCUCAUUUUGAAAAUUAAGAUGUAAGAUAAAGUUCAACUUCUAGAGGUCAUCCUUAUCAUACAUCUUAUUGUAUUAAAACAAAGAAAUUAGAUGAUAAAAUUGCAUAUUAUUAUGUUUAAUUUGAGUAUUUCAAAAAAACAAUAAAUAAUUAAGUUUCUAGUUACAGUGAUUCUUUAAACACAACUCAUCAUUUAAUUUUAGAUUAUAUAUAUGAAGAUAAUGUUAAUGAAAUAUGUGAAGAAGCUCCUGUUGAAAUACCUAUUGAAGAAGAUGUUAAAAGAUAAAAUCCUUAAUAAAUUUAUGGAGAAGGUUUAUGUUCAGAACAAAGUCAUAUGAUUAAUGAAUUUAAAUUUGAAUAAACUAAUAUUAAAAGUACAUUUAGAUGUAAUUAAACACUUUUGGAAUAAAAAUUUUAUUCUAAUGUACACAAAAUUCCAUCAAAAUUGUCUAACUAAUUGAUUUCUCAUAAAAAUGAGAGUUAUAUUCAUGAUGAAAAAGUUAAGAUAGAUGGAUGUUAAUCAUCCUAGAUUUCUAGUCAAUAAGGUUUAAAACGAUCAGAAUUCUAUAAAAAAUAUGAGUUAUAUUCAAAGAUUAGAUUACAAGUUGGAAAUUCAAAAUAUCAUAAAUUAUUUAUUUUUACUUUUACUUUUAGUAUAAUUUCUUAAGUGAUUAUUUAAUCAAUUGUAAAUAUUUUUUAUUAAUUUUAGUAAAUAGCUAAAUUAAAUAUCAAUUUAUAGCUUUUAGCUUCUGAUAUAGACUUAUUGUAGAUAAAGAAUCUUGUAUAUUAACCAUUUGAAUCAUUUUUAUUAACUAGAUGGACUAUAUUUAAUUAUAUAUAAAUGUAAGUCACAGGAGAAAUAACAUAAUAGGAAUUCAAUUAUCUUGUAGAGUUUCCUAGGUAGAAUCUGAAUUUAGGUUAUGAUUAAUUAGAUUCAAAUUUAAAAUAAGUUUUGGAUAGAAUAAGUGUUUCAGGUUUCUUUGAAAACAAAUCUCUAGAUAUAUAUAUUUAUGUUUCUACAGGUUAAGGGGAACUCUAUAAUUUAACAUUAAGAAAUAGUAUUUAAAUAUUGUUAAACUAUUAAUAUGAAAUUAAAAAGAGAUAUUAAAUUGAAGGAACCAUAAUUUCAGAUAGUCCUUAUGUUUAUUAUUCAUAUAAGAAUUAUUUAACAAUGAAAUCAGAAUUUAAUCAAUUAAAUGAGUAAAUAUUAAGUAAUACUAUUGCCAAAUCAUAAUAAGAAUAAUCAUAAGAAUAGUUAAUUUUUAUUAUUGCUGUAGGAAUUGCUUUGAUUUAAUUUUGUUUAUCUUUAAAUUAUUUUCUUUAAAUUUAAAGAUUAAUUAAUAAGUUUUAUGGUGUCAUUUAAAAUAUGGAUACUGAAUACACAUAUUAAGAAAUAACUAGAUUAAAAUUUAUAUCUGGUCGUUUGAAUAAAAAUACAAAUCCAUUAUUUAGAUUUUAAAUCAAUAUUGAGUAAAGAGAAAAAGAAUUUUAAUAUAAAUCUUAUAUUAUGAACAUAAAGAAAAAAGUAUUACAUAGACCAUAUUAUUUGAAAUAGUACUUUGUUUAUUAUUUGUAUAUUAUUUUUGUUUUAGUGUUAAUGAUUGGGAAUGCUUUAUUAACUUAUGAAGAAUGUGGUGAAUAUUUAAGUAAAUAUCCAGAAACUGCUUAAUUUUUCAAAGCUAUUUCAGAUGUGGGAACAGAUAUACCAACUAUGUAUGCUUAAAGAGAUAUCCUUUAUAAUAUUGAAUUAAUAGCUCCUUUUUUAAAUGAUACUGAAAAGUCUAGAGUUUUAUUAGAAAUUAAAGAAUCUCUAAAUAGAACUACUAACUUUAUAACUUUGGAUUUUAAUAUGGAUAAGUAAAUUAUUUAUCUUAAAUAAAGCUUAAUCAUUUCAACAGAAUUUAAAGACUAUUACAAUGAGAUUUAGAAAGAAAAUCUUUGUAAUUUUCUACCUAAUUAUAUAAGUUCGAAAUCAUCAACUAUAUGUCCUUAAAUUAUGGAUUAAAAUUUAGAAAGAGGUUUAUUAGGAUUAUUAAUAUAUAUCAGUAAUUUUAUUAAUACAGAUAUGGCUAUAAAUCAUUUUACAAAAAAAUUACAAUAAAGCUAUUUAGAAUUAGAGGGUGCUUUUUUGGUUUCCUAUAUUAUCAAAGAUAUAAAUACUAGUUUUCAUUAUGAUUUAGUGUCCCAGACUUAGUUUUAUAUCAAUAAAAUCAGUGUAUAAUUACUUAUAGAUUAUUAAAUUAGGUGCAUAAUCUAGUCAUUCUUAUAUUUUUAUGCAUUUUGAUUGUGCUUACAUUAACGAAGAUAAAGAAUAAAUUAAUUUACAAAUUAUAUUUAGCUUAGAGACUUCCAUAUUUGAUGCCUAUAAAAACAAUUAUAUUAAAUGAUAGUUUUGAGAGAAAUUUAAGAUAGAUUAUGCACAUUUGA